CUUCUAUUCUUUUUUUUUUCAAUUUUGAUUUAAAUCAAAGAUAAAUUCAUUCAUAUUUGAAAUCGGACACAAUCUAAUUAAAAAAAAAAAACAAAAAACAAAAGUUUGGUAAUAUCUUAGAAGAAAGAAAAUACCAUUCUUGUUUUGAUAAGUCUCAUUUUACUAACCAGAUAACAUAUUGUUUAAUUCAAAUUUAAUUUGUAGAAUUCCUCAAAAAUUAAUCUUUUAUUAGGCUACCAUUCUAGUUGAAACGUUUAAAUUGAAUCUUAAUCUUGUUAUUUAAUCCACUAUGUUUGAAAGCAAUUAUAUCAAGUAUACCAUAGAAAUACAAAUUCAAUUUUGAAAAAAAAAAUAUAUAUGCACGAGUUAACUACAGUAGAUUAACCUUUGUAUCUCAUUUUCCGUCUUCUGUGAUUGCAUGAGUAGAUGAAUUGUUGAAGAGGGAAAAAAAAUGGUGAAUGGAAACGAAAUUGAUGGCAUAGAAGUACCAGAAGCAGUGAUGGAAACUCUGAACCGCACUUUGGGAAGCCUUCAACAGCUGGAGACUGAGUUACCCCAAUUCCUCGCUCUCUCUGACCCUGACCUUCUCGCUCAACUGCCAUUUCUCGAACGCGCUCACUCACUCUUCUCACUGGCCAAACUCACUUCCACCCUCUACUCAUUGAAGUUGAGAUGCAGAGGAGUUAACCCAAAUGAUCAUCCUGUCAAAUCCGAGCUUGACAAGUUAAACUUAUUGCAGAAGAAACUGGAGCGACUUCCGCUGUUGAGUGAAGCACAGGAGCAAGACAUUAGGAACAUAAAUGGAGAGGAGGAACUGGAGAUGAACUAUGAGGAGCAGGCUGGUAAAAAGAGGAAGUAUCCAUCUUCUGAAGAGCCAUCUAUUCAAAUUGAUGAUAUGGAGUCCCUGGAGAAAGUAAAGGAGGAACAUCUUGGUUAUAAUAGUGGAAAUGUUAAGGGGAUGGUAAUUGAUAUUUCAGAUGAUGAUGAGGUACUUGAACCUUAGUUUUCUCAAAUUCUUGCAGUUUCUAUGAUGUCCUUGUUUACUAUGCAACUUUGUUGUCUCUCAAAUUUUAUAUAUUUCAAUGGCGUAACUGCAUUGUGAUUUGUAAUGGCUGUUAAGAAUUACUUUCUGUCAUUAGAAUAAGGAAUUUUGAACCAACACACAUAUUAGGGGGGUUUUGGAUAUUCGCAGAUGCACUGCUGGUACACAAUUUUAACCAGCAGCUUGAAAUAUUUGUUUGUUGCAGUUAAUUAUUGGAGUGACCUUGUACUUGUACUGAUAUUUAAUGGUCGAAGUUCGAUAUUUAGUUUUUCAAAUGUCUUCAUAUGUGUAGAUCAUUCUCAUAAGUAAACUUUUUUGCAAGUUAAAAAUUGAUAAUUUCAAUUUUAAAACUUACCAGUUCACAGAAACACGGGGUAAGUUGGAAUACAUGUUAAUCUUGUCUGAACUGUUAGUAGUGUAACUGAUGCAACAUGUGUCUAUUUUUGCUCAAGUUGCAUUGUAUAGUUCAAUUUUUAAACGUUAUUGGAAGUUUUAUGCAGAAUAGUAACCUAAUACAAUCUUACAAGUAAUCAUACAUAAAAACAUCUAUCCUCUCAAACUACUAACAACGUCCAAGGUGGACUCAUAGUCUUGUACUUUUUGAAUUAGAGCAACGGAUUCAAAAUCAUAGAUUAUAUAUUUGAAUGUGGAAGCAGAAUAAAAUUUCAACAUUUUAAAAUGUAUUUGAAACCAGUCAUUAUGUUAUAUUUGGUAAAAUAGUUUCCUCUGUAAUUGCGACUAGAAUUUCAUUCCCUAUAUAUAUAUAUAUAUAUAUAUAUAUAUAUAUAUAUAUAUAUAUAUAUAUUUGGAGAUUCUUCUGUGACUUACAACUUAGAGUAAUUAAUGUGACUGAUUGAAAUAUGAUUCCUGGUUCGUAUAUAUGAAGGCCCCUGUUCCCUGGCUGGUUUUGAAGCGAAUUGGUAUGUGUGACACAUUUAACUUUACUUUGUUUCUGUGUGCAUAUGAAGAAAAGAAAGUAUUUUAUUUUUUUAUUCAUGAGUAAUCUAAGCAUUCAUAUACCAGUAAACUGCAACAAAUGAAAGUGUGAAUUUGUUCCGGUAAAAGACAAAUAUUUAUGAAUUCAUAGAAGACAUUUCUUUGAUGAUAAGUAAUUGUUCGUUAGGGAGUGAAAUUUGAGUAAUUAGGUCUGAAAAUUAGGUGCAUCUUUAGCUAAGCCCUUGGUUUUUUUUGAGAAUAUCAAUAAAUCAUUAAUUUUAGGGGAUGCAAUCCUCAUGUAAUGCGAGUAAAAUAAUAAAUGAUAGUUUCUUCUUGGUUAUUUUAUUUUUAUAAGUUCUAUGUUAAUUUGAACAAUCUGUAUCACAAAACUACAAAGUGUGAUAAUGAUAUAUGUUAUUGUUAAUAUACAUCAUGAAGUUGUAUGACUGAAAUUCACUUCCAUUCGAAGUUGUCAAACUUUAAAGACUCGUAUGACAGACUUAUAUGAAUUCAACUUGUAAAAUGAAAUGUAACAAUAAAUUAUUAAAUGGCGUUUAUGUGAAUGAAAUGUAACAAUAAAUUUCAACUUGCUUAUCUUUCAUUACUAUUAUGACUUUGCCUUGUUU